CAGGCAUCUGGGGCGCUGAUUGGCUCAGCCUCCAAUCAAGGUUGAACGUUCACAUUUUGAUGACACCACGGAUAGGUGGUUACAGUUGUACCUGCACUGCUGACUGACAAAUGAAAAAACGUUGGGCAAAUAAACCUUUGAAAAAAUCCCUCAAAGGAAAUGCCAUUGGACUCAAUAUGUUGGGAAUUGGCAAGAUGCCUAGCUCUCAAACUGAAGCAGUGCAUUUCAGCACAGUCCUCAACCACAGUGACUACUUUUUGAGCCAGGUACCCUCUCCAGGAGUGGUUGUCCAAGGCAGCAUCUUCCAACAUGCGUUUACCCCUGCUUUAGUGCUUCAGAAUAAUGGGCAAAGGAUUGAUGGCGCACUAUGUCUUCAAACAGAAGAAUCGCCCAAGAAAAAUCCUUCUCUCCUACAACCUGCAGUUGUGUUGUCAGGUGAUGACAAGGAAGUAACCUCAGUCUGUUCUGGUACGCCAACGUCAGGGACUAGUCACUCCUCACCAACGCCCUCUGGUGGCAGUUUGGAGACAGUCGCUGAUGAUGAUUUCACAAGCAAUUACUUUACCAACUCCAAAACCAGACUACCAAGGAAGAAGCGAAUGAAAGACCCGUUUGGAAAGUUGGUCCCAGACAAACCCACCACAAAACGGCGAAGAGUAAAACAGAAUCAUCCCACAUCACCUCCUCCUAAAAAGACAUCUGCUGACAUUUCUGAGGGGAUUGAUGUGGUCUGCAGAUGUAUGAGAGUGGGAACAAUGUGCAGGACACCUCCCAGGCAUGUCACCUUUACAACAGAGUACAUCCAGAUUGAUGAACAAGUGCGGCUGUGGUCGUAUAGUCUGGCCAGCUGUGCGUGGUGCCAUGUCCGAAGCUUGCCUGCCCUUUUCCUCAAGACCACCUCAGGGGAGUCCCAGCGCCUCCGCCUUCUCCUCAAGAUGUCCCGAGCCAACAGGGGUGCCUGGUAUGACAGCAAGGGCCAACAUCUCGGCGAGAACUACAUAAUCUUAGUGUUUGAGAAUAUGCUGUCUGACCUGGAGAAAGUUGAACUGGAGAAAAUCUUCAGAGAAAUUGGCAGAGCAAAUAAAGCUCCUGAGGAUUUCACAGUACAAUUGCCAUUUGUGGAGGCCAACAGAAUACUGAUGCAUUCCUCCCAUCUAAACCCAGAGAAGCAGCAGUUUUUGGAUUCCAUUUGUGGCUCCAGUAAACAGACACUAUCUUCCAAGCCUCUUGCCCCAAGAUGGAUUGCACCUGCCCCACAACUGAUCUCUCUUUCCCCACCACGGAUCUCUCUUGCCCCACCACAAAUCUAUUUUGCCCGACCACAGAUCUCUCCUCCCCCAGCAUGCCUGUCUCCUCCCCCAGCAUGCCUGUCUCCUCCCCCAGCAUGCCUGUCUCCUGCCCCAAUACAAGUCUUGGAUGAUGAAAUAGUGGAGAUUGAAUCAACCUUCAAAGGGCCAGUCAAGAGGAUAAUACUGUACCCACCACCUCCAGCCAGAGGGGGGAUCUCUGUCACCAAUGAAGACCUGCACUGUCUCAACGAGGGAGAGUUCUUGAAUGAUGUCAUCAUUGACUUUUACCUGAAGUAUUUGGUCUCUGCAAUGCUGAAAGAGGAGGAUGCCAACAGGAGUCACAUGUUCAGCUCCUUCUUUUACAAGUGCCUCACCCAGACAGAGCAGAGAAAGACCCCAUGCUCUGAGGACCUACCUGUGAAGAAAAGGAGACACAACCGAGUGAGAACAUGGACCAGGAAUGUUGACCUCUUCCAGAAGGACUUCAUCUUUGUCCCCAUAAAUGAAUCGGCACACUGGUUCCUGGCGGUCAUCUGCUUCCCUGGCCUAGAGUACCUCCAGCAGGAGCCCCUGUCUCCACACUCCCCAUUCCCAGCCUGGCUGGAGGAAGCAGAGAGCAGCUUGGACAAGUGCUUCCUGAUGGACUCCACCUCCCCCAACCCGAUGUCCCUGUUCUUCAGCCCCCCAGGCAGCAGCACCAGGGGUCAGCCAGGCCCAGAAGCCCCAGACUGUGACCUCACCAUAGGGGUGAGGCUGUGUGUGUGCUCAAAUGGUGGGGGCGGAGAGGAGCUGGAGUCGGUCAUGAAGGAACUCAGUGUGAGCCCCACCACCACAGGGGUCCAUGGUCUAGGUCUGAUAAAGAAGCAGCUCCUCUCAGAUGAUUGCAACGGAUAUGAAAUGGAAAAGGAUAUCUUUGCCUUUUCUCCUCUUCAGGAUUCAAAUCAGGACCAGUGCAAUGAGAGUGAACAGCAGGACAGUGCAGAUGUCUCCUCCCAAUCCACUACCUGUAAACAACCUUGUAUCCUGAUCAUGGAUUCCCUAGGAGGCCAUGUGAGAUCGGGGGUCGUGAAGAUCCUGCAAGAAUACUUAGAGGUGGAGUGGGAGGUGAGGAAAGGCAGUCUGAGGAGUUUCUCUGAAGAUUCGAUGAGGGGCUCAAACCCCCAGGUCCCUCAGCAGGACAACUAUAGCGACUGUGGCGUUUACCUGCUUCAAUAUGUGGAGAGCUUUUUCCAGAAUCCCCCAAAAGAUUUUGAGCCACCCAUGGACCUGAAGGAAUGGUUUCCACUGAUGCUGGUGAAGCGCAAGCGAGCAGAUAUCAGGAAACUCGUCCUCGAAAUUCAACAUCAACAAGAGGACACAAAUGACUCAUAACCUCCAUUUAAAUGGAUAUAGUAUUCAAUACGAUGAAAUUCACCAUUUGAUUUGGUGGGGUUAUUGGUCCAAUGGACCUGGCUCAGUGACGGUACAUUUAGUUCCUUUACCUUACUCUGUAUCACAUUGUUACUGUGUGUGUGUAUGUGUAUAUAUACAUACACACCUCACCUUUUUAAUUUUAAGGCAUAAUCUUUUUUCAUGGCUGCACUUGUGACUAAGUAUCUGUGUUUUGCAAUGUUUAUUGGUUGAUAGGAUGGUGAUAUGAUUCUUCCCUUAGUUGUCGCAUCACAGAUUAAAAUUGCAUAAAUUGAGAAUUUCUGUGAAAAUGUAGCUUUGUUCUAUAAAGGGUUCCAGUUUAUUCUUAAUGUCCUGUUAUGCUUGAAAAUGUAAUGUCAGAGACGUGAGAUUGUUGUAGUACAUUGUUUUGUAUGUUUUUGAAUGUCUAAGUUCUCAUAGCACUUGCAUUAUUUGUGAGGGGCACUUUGUUGGAUUGCCCAUCUGUUAAGCGAGCAGCCUAGCAUUGUUAAAUUUCAUUUGAAGUAGAAGUGAAAAAUAAAGUAAAUGUUUAAG